CUCGCUUGUUGACAACUCUCUCGUUUGGAAUCAUAUUUCAAAAUGGCCGACUGUUUCUCGAUUAUCGUGUUAUUGGCUUUGCUAAAUCGUUGAAAAUGUCGAGGCGACGUAGGAAAAGUGAUAGAGGAUUUACCGAAAUAUCACCAAUUCGUACAAGACGCCUCUCUGUGAGGGAAGCCGCAUCGAAAAAACUUCACAAUGAAGAUGAGGAUAGUGCAGAGGAAUUGAAAGAACCGUCGAAGAAAAGAAAGCGCAUUCAAAGUACAGGCGAUGAUGAAAUAAAAAAUAUCAGCUGCAUUGCUAGACCUGUUACAAGAUCUUUUAGUCUUGAUGUGGAAGUUCGGCCGCGGGAUGUGUUGCUUUCAAAGAGAAUUUUACAAAACAAAGAUUCGCCAACAAAAGGUGCGCUUACCGUGAAAACAAUUAAAACGUUUUCACACUAUGCUUGUGGACAUUGUUGCUUUCGUGCGUUUUUAUAAUAGGUAAGAAAGAUAAACGACAGAGCCCAAAGAAGAUUGCCAAUUCUCGAAACAAGGCAUUGAGAAGGAGCCACAGAGAAAGCAGAAAAUUCUUCGAGAGUCUGAAUGAAAAUACACUCGUACGCGGUCUGGUCGUCGAUUAUUUACAUCCAGAACAGAAUUCUGAAACUUGCAAGAAA